GAAGAACACAGGUAAAAGAAUCUGUUGACAUCGUGACUUAACGAGUCUUUUGACUACGUUUCCCCUUUGAAUUUGUAGGGAGGUGUUUGUGGUGAUAAUGAACACAGAGGUCUUUAGUUUGACUGCGAGAAGUUAUUUUAGAUAAAACAAAAACAUACACUAAAAAUUGCAAUUACAAUUCAUUUAGUUUGUUAGCCUUUUAGCUAGUUUGAAAGUAGCAUCUCUUUCUGGGAUAAUACACAGUAAGGAUCACGUUUCCACAACAGCUGGUGUUCACCCCUCGCAGCUGUAAGGUCAAGGGCCCAAAGAUGAACUCAGACUACGAACACCGCAUAAUUCGUCAAAUCCACAUUCAGAAUAAUGGCUCGGACCCUGCUAGUUCCCCCAGACAGACGGGCACCAGUUCCCCGUUCUCAUCCCGAACAUUUGGCGAUAGAUUUAUUCCCACCAGAGCUGGGGCCAACUGGGACAUCAGCUUCCACUGGAACAAAGAAAAUGAAAAGGUAACACACAGUGACGCCUCCCCAGGGAAUGUCAAAGCAGAUGGACUAACCUACACAGCACUGCUGAAAAAUGAGUUGCUGGGAGCCGGGAUAGAAAAUGUCCAGGAACCACAAACUCCAAAGAGGAGUCUGUUUUCUUAUAGUCCUCACACCAAAAGGCCGUCUUUGGAAACUUGUGCCAACAUUUCUCCCUACUCACUGUCCACUGUCAGCAACACGAGUCACACUUUGUUAGGUGCACCAAGGAGGCCGACUCGUAAAGUCUCAGAGAGUCCUUUUAAAGUCCUGGAUGCUUCAGGUCUUCAGGAUGACUUCUACCUUAACCUGGUGGACUGGUCGUCUCUCAACGUUCUUGGUGUGGGGCUGGGAUCCUGUGUUUAUAUGUGGAGUGCCUAUACUUCUCAGGUUGUAAAACUCUGUGAUCUUUCACCGGAGGGAGACUCGGUCACAUCUGUCGCUUGGACUGAAAGGGGAGACCUUAUGGCAGUGGGGACUCACCGAGGAUAUGUUCAGAUCUGGGACGCUGCUACUGGAAAGAAGAUCUGUGUAUGGAAGGGACACAGGAACAGAGUUGGAGUCUUGGCGUGGAAUUCUGACCAGUUGUCUUCAGGAAGCUGUGACUGCACAAUUCUUCAAAGAGACACACGGACCAGUCCGCUGCAGUCGGUCAGACGGCUGAAGGCACACAAACGGGAAGUGUGUGGUUUGAAGUGGAAUUCUGACCGUAAGCUGCUGGCCUCCGGUGAUAACGACAACAAGCUGCUGGUGUGGAACCAGGACUCUCCGAUGCCAUUGCAGACGUUCAAGGAACACCAGGGGGCAGUAAAAGCCAUCGCCUGGUCUCCACAUCAGCGCAGUCUGCUGGCCUCUGGUGGUGGCUCAGCAGACUGCAGCAUCCGUAUCUGGAGCUCGCUGCAGUUAGAGCCAGUGCAGCGUGUUGAUACGGGCUCCCAGGUCUGCAACCUGGUCUGGUCUAAACACACAAAUGAACUGGUCAGCACCCACGGUUACGCAGAUAAUAAAGUGAUGGUGUGGAAGUGUCCAUCACUCACUCAGGUGGCCAGCCUCACUCAUCACUCAGACAGAGUCCUCCACCUGGCCAUGUCUCCAGAUGGGGAGGUGAUAGUGACAGGGGCCGGAGGGAAAGACGAGACCCUUUGCUUCUGGAAACUUUUUAGCAACACAAGGUCAACAAAGGACCUGGUAUCAAAUCUAAACCUUUUCACCAGAAUGCGAUGAUGUCACAUCAGAAUCUGACAUCAGGAUUUUUAAGUGGAUCCUCGUCACUAGUGACUGUGGAGUUAAGGACGACAUGGGAGUAAAUCUAGAUUUUUGAAUUUAAGAACAAAAGAUAUCUUUUUUUGACUAUGCGGGGAAAAAUCUUUCUGACAUUUAAUCAUACAAUGAUCUGUGUAAUUUCACUUAUCACCAAAUCUAACAUAUGCACUCAACACCUGGUGUUUAUUUUAACUAAAAUUAACUUUAUUGCACUUUAAAUUUAUUAAUAUUACAUUUUUUAACCAUGCUAUUUGCCU